ACAUGGCUGCAGCUGUGGGCACCAUCGUCCUCCUUCUCUCCCUGUGCUCAGUGUGCACUGUGCUGUCUGCAGACGUGAGCCGAGUGUGUCCUCCGUAUGACGCCUCCAUAUGUAUAUAUGUCAGGCCUGCAGCACCUCAGUGCCACAAUGACAGCCAGUGUCCCAGCUCCAAGAUAUGUUGCUGCUUUAACUGUGGAUGGCAAUGUGUGGACCCUGUGAAAGUCAAACCUGGCAGCUGUCCCGAUAUAAAAAUCAAGUGUGAUGCAAACAAGAUUGAAUACAAGUGUGACCGUGACAGUGACUGCCUCGGUGCGGACAAAUGCUGUCCAUUCUGUGGAAGAAAGUGCUGGAAACCUGACCCAGAACCGUCCGGCAUUUGCACCGCUAGUGAUGGGAAAGAGCUGCUGUGUCCGUCCAACAAGUGCCACCGGGGCUCAGACUGUGGUGAGGCUGGGAAAUGCUGCAUUUCUGCAGAUGGGCAGCAGUGUGUGACCACAGCCCCAGAUCUUUGAAGAUGUUAUAAAAGAAAAUGUUGUUCUCUGGGACACCGAUCCUGUAAUAUCGGGAAUACAAAGAGAUGACGCUGAUCACUGGUGUAUUGUCUCCAUAGUCUUAUUCCCUAUCUCACUUUACAGAUCUUCUCUGUUUCACUAUAAGGUGAAUCCCUUCCAGCAGCUUCGGUAACUUGAUAAGCAUCCGAAAAAUGUUCCAUAAAUAAACAUUCAUUUCCAUAAA